AUGUAACAUAAGCCAAGCCUAUUUUUUUAAUGCCAAUUAUAUGUUGCUGAAUUGAGUGAACCUAUAAGUUUGCUCGAAUUUACAAGUGAGGAUGUCCCAAAUAAAUUUUCUUCAGAAUAAUUAUCAAAUUCUCUAAAUCAGAUUUCAGAUCAUAAACCUAAAAUAAGUCUUUAAGAUGAUAAGAGUAUAAACUUGUAAUAAUAAUAUAGAUAGUUAAUCCUUACAAAUCAAAUUGGGCUAAUACUUUGCUUAAUAAACAAUUCAAAGUUGAAGUUACAUGUCAAGGAACCAAAUGGAUUAUCAAAAAAGUUUGCGAAGAUGAACCUUAAAAAUCAAUAGUAAGUAGUUUACCAAAUCUUCCGAAAUCUAUUGAAAGUCAAGAAAAAUUAUUGUCAAAAACAAACUCUAAAUUAAAAAAAAUAAGAUUUAAUAAAUUUUUUGUUGAUAAGCACAGAUAAUAUGCUUUAACACCAAAUGGUGUACUGCCUUAUUAAAACUCAUCAGUUCCCCAUUUGA